AUGGUAUAUGAGGAUUGGCGACAAUUGGAACCCACAUUUUUCAAAGUUCGAGUUCAAGAUUCAAAGAAGAAAACGAGCAGGUAAAAAUAAUAAGGCAUACUUACACCAACUCAAAUAGAAAAUAUUCAGGACCACAUCAGCUUACGCUUUAUUUUUCCGCGAGCGCCAAGUUGCCGAGAAACGUCGUGCUCCUCAUCAAACAUUCGGUCAACUCAGCCAAAACAUCGCAGCACAGUGGGAACAUUUGACAGCGGAAGAAAAAAAUCAAUACAAACUUCGUUGCGAGUCCAAAAAACGAUGCAAUAUUGAAAAAGCAGUGGAGGAAAGAGCAAAAAUGUUGCUCGGUGUUAUCAAAAAAUGA